AUGGCUUCACUUUCAGAAUAUGCACUGUGUAUGUCUCAUCUGAGUGCCUGGAUCUUUGGUGAAGUGGCCAGUCCUACUGAUUCAAAGUCCAUGAAAGUGGUGAAUAUGUUCAGUGAACAGCCCUUUGCCAAAAAGAAAGAGACUUAUGACUGGUAUCCAAAUCAUAACAUGUAUUUUGUGCUCAUGGGCACACUCCCUUUCCUUGGCCUUUACAGAGAUGAGCAUCGGGAUUUUAAGGAUGGGCAAAGAUGUCUAAAGAAACUCCAUGGAAAGGGGAAACCAAGGAAAGGAAAAGAGAAAAAGGGCUACUAA